GGGAUGCGAAACAGGACGGAACCGGAAGUUGUGAAGACGUCACGGUUGUUCUCUGCGAGCUAAAACACUAGACAACCGCGAAGAGGAAAAAAACUUUGUGUAACUCGACGGAAGGGCCGAGAAAAAGUUGAUUAAAGUGCUGCCACAUGAUGGCGGUCCAGUCCUAAACCGAGCCCGGGUCACAGAUGUGGAGUUAGGGAUGAACUCGAGGAGUGAAAUCCAGCGGAGGCCCGGCGGCGGUUUCAGCGGCAGCCCCGUCACCGGCUCCCCCGCUAUGGGAGCGCAGUCUCGCCGCAGGAAGAUGGCUCCCAGACCGGCGGAUUAUAAACUCCAGAUCAUCAUCAUCGGCUCCCGCGGUGUGGGGAAGACCAGCCUGAUGGAGAGGUUCACCGACGAUACCUUCUGUGAGGCUUGUAAAUCUACCGUGGGUGUGGAUUUUAAAAUCAAAACCGUGGAGCUCAGAGGAAAGAAGAUCAGAUUACAGAUCUGGGACACUGCUGGUCAGGAGAGGUUCAACAGCAUCACUUCAGCAUAUUACCGAGGCGCUAAGGGCAUCAUCGUAGUGUAUGAUAUCACCAAACAGGAGACCUUUGAAGACCUGCCCAAAUGGAUGAAAAUGAUCGACAAGUACGCAUCGGAGGACGCAGAGCUCCUAUUGGUCGGGAACAAGCUGGACUGCGAGGCCGACCGCGUCAUCGCACGACAGCAGGCCGAGAGGUUUGCCUCACGGAUAUCAGGGAUGCGAUUCUGCGAGGCCAGCGCCAAGGACAACUUCAACGUGGACGAGAUCUUUCUCAAGCUAGUGGAUGAUAUUUUGAGCAAGAUGCCUCUAGAAGUGCCCAGUAGAGAACUCUCCAACAGCGUCCUUUCCCUUCAGCCCGAGCCUGAAGUGCCCCCAGAACUGCCGCCUCCUCGCAUGCGCUGCUGUUGAGCCUCAUCUCGGUCCUCCUUCUCCAGAACCCCCCUCCCUUCCCCUCCCCCUCUCUUCUCAGCCCCCUGCGUUUCCAGCAACUGACCACCAGGGGGUGCAGUGCACCCGCACUGAGGCCUUGCUACCUGCAGGGAGCUGUGCACUCCAGGGCAUGUGGAGUACGAGGGCAGCUCCAGGAGCAAGAACGUUCAGAAUAAUCCACCACUUCACAAGUUUUAGACUUUAUCCGUACAACGCCGCUGUUAGGUUUCCAACGCCGUGAAAAUCCAGAAUGACUUCUCUUGCGCUGACCGUAUAGCUGCAUACACACCUACACAUACAGCGUCUGAGAGAUAGAUAGAUGGAUAUAUAAUCCCCAGUUCAGCGUAAGGGGGGGAAGACACUUCACAAGCUUCCUCAGUUUCAGUCGUCAGCAUUAGCGCACUCUUUAAGAACGCAGCAUCUCGGUGAUCAGGUGCACUCGCAUGACCUCAAGUCUUCUAUUGAUUUGAUUUAAAGCUGGGCGAGUCGGAUCAGACUUCCUGAAUCAAACAGCUCUUCUUUUCUCCUGAGUGAGUCACCAUCCAGGAAAGAGUGUCGUUUCGGAGGAGCGUACACGUACGUAUGAUCCCUCAGUACACUCGGGUUUCCUGCUACGACAUUUACAGUCGAACCAAAUACAAAUCAGUGUAAUUCACUGAAGGAGAAAGGAUACGUUAAGUUUGAGAGUCCGCAAGCCUCAGUUUUAAGCCAGUCGAAAAUGUAAUUUUCUUCUUAGCAAAUAUGGUAAAUCUGUAUAAACGUUUCCAAUUCCGGUUAUUUCCUGACAGAAGAUGGUCAGACUUACAGCCUCGGUCUGGAGAAGAGUCAGUAUUCUGGUUCUUCACGCUCCUGCACUACAAUCUGCACUCGCAGCUGAGAUUAGGACACUAAAAGAACCGGAACGCUUUAAUUUGAAAGGGCUACACGGGGGAAAAAGAUGAGCCGAGUCGAUGACAUCAGGCUUGGAGGACUCGAGUCCGACUCGUGCCCUCGUUUUAAGGCCUCGUGACUUGACUUUGACUUGGAUUUGAGCACCGAUGACACAGACUCGGACUCGUACAUUAACUGCAUUCGGACUCGUAGAUCCGAGUCCUUGUCUCCAAUUUUUUUUUUUUUUUUGUAACAUGCCAUAAUAAUUUGCCAUCUCAUCUCAUUAUCU